UGUUCACAAAGCCAGAAGUCGGAGAAAGAGCUCUUGUUCUCUCUCUACUACUCUCUGUUCUCGAUUCGUUAAACAAAGAAUCCCUUCUUUUUUUUUCUGAAGACGCAGAGCUCAAUGACGAAGCAGCACGCGAACUGGUCUCCAUACGACAACAAUGGAGGAACAUGUGUAGCCAUCGCUGGAUCGGAUUACUGCGUCAUCGCAGCCGAUACUCGGAUGUCUACCGGUUACAGCAUUCUAACUCGCGAUUACUCUAAGAUCCAUAAACUAGCAGACAAGGCUGUGCUAUCUUCCUCUGGCUUUCAGGCUGAUGUGAAAGCACUUCAGAAAGUUCUCAAGUCAAGGCACUUGGUUUAUCAGCAUCAGCAUAACAAGCAGAUGAGUUGUCCUGCAAUGGCUCAGCUUCUCUCCAACACUCUUUACUUCAAGCGCUUUUUCCCUUACUAUGCCUUUAACGUUCUCGGUGGGCUUGAUGAGCAAGGAAAAGGCUGUGUCUUUACCUAUGAUGCAGUGGGAUCAUAUGAGAAGGUUGGAUACAGUGCUCAAGGUUCUGGUUCCACUCUCAUUAUGCCCUUCCUUGACAAUCAGCUCAAGAGUCCUAGCCCGCUUUUGCUUCCUGCUCAGGAUGCUAUCACACCCCUUUCUGAACCUGAAGCAGUUGACUUGGUUAAGACUGUUUUCGCAUCUGCUACUGAGAGGGAUAUAUACACUGGAGACAAGCUUGAGAUCAUGAUUCUCAAGGCUGAUGGUAUCAGGACCGAAGUCAUGGACUUGAGGAAAGACUAAGCGAGUGUUGGCAACACACCUUUGCUACUUCUCGUUUUUUCUUAUUCAUUAGACUCCCUGUGUUUCUUGAACCUGUGUUUGAAGUUUCCUUGUGUUAACCUCUCUUAUUUAUGACAGAAGUUCUUUUGAAGAGUUUUUAAUAACA